GCACACGCAGGGUCCAUGGACGCUGUAAAACGAAACGAAGCCCCCAGCGAAACAACAAAAAGAACAGAGAUGCAGCUUCUGACGAGACCAAUUCCAGUUGGAUGGGAAUACCCCUCGCUGAAGGUCUCCACACUCGAAGGCGCCACGCUUCUUUUUGAAUUUAGCGCCAUACUGAACACGGCCACCUGGAUGUUUUCAUGCGGCUCAUCAAUCUCCGAUGUGCAGUCCUGGUGGGAAGUGCCAAGCAUUGCGCACUUUUGUUCCCUUUUCCGAGCCGCAUUUAAUUUGUUAGACUUUGACAUAGAGGAUCUUGAAGAAGCACUUUUAACCGAUGGUGCGGAUGACACGGGCAGCUGCCUGCUGCAGGACCUGAUUGUACGCCUGCUUGCUGGAUGCCUGGGCCACUCGCCCAACAACACUGAUAUAUCUCCUUUCAAUUAUCAAAUGUUCUUGCGUCGCUUCCUUAGACAGAAGUGUCAGGAGCAAUUGCGUGAGAACCCUUUCAACACAGACAUUGACUUUCAGUUUCUCCCAUUGAGAAAGAAAGUACAGAUAAUACACACACUCUGUGACUUCAGAUUGGAUGCUGAUGAUGUGCAAGAUGUCCUGAAGAAUUUGGAGUCUGACAGUUUACGAGUCGAUCCCCUGGGCCAUGAUGCCAAUUCCUCUGCCUACUAUUACUUUUAUGGGACCCGCUUGUACAGGGAAGAUUUGCCCAAAACAGUGAACAAGAACCGAGGCAAGGUUAAGGGGCGUAAGCUAAAGCAAGAGAAAGUAAAGAAAAAACGUGGUAGGCCUACGGGAAAGGACAAAAAAGGUGGAGCUGAAGCCACCGAAGACGAAUCGGACAACGAUGACACUCCAGAACCUGGGUCUGGCACCUGGCAAGUAAUUUGUUACACUGAAGAAGAUUGGGAGAAACUGGCUGCACAACUGAAAGGUUCAACUACAAAAGGGGAAAAAGCUCUUUAUCGUGUGUUAGCAGAGGAUUUCUUGCCUGAAAUUCCACGAUUGUUUCUUGAAAAAGAACGGCUGCAAAGAAAACGUAUGCAAGAAUUUAUGCCAAGGCGCCAGUCGUCUCGAAUUGAAAAACUUGCCAAAGAAAAGGAGGAGACUGCACGGGUUCUAGCUAAAGAAGAGGAAGAAAGGAAAGUGAAGGAAGCUGAAGAGCGUGAAAGAAGGCAAAUUCAAAUGGAGGAGGAAAUCCUUAAGGAGAGGUUAUCUGGCCGGACAUAUCAGGGCUCCACCCGCACUAGCUCUCGAAGCUGUUCAAGCAGAUCAGGGUCUGAGGAAGAGUCCACUGAGUCUAAGCCUUCAGGACGUCAAACAAACAACUCUCUUUCUUCUGCUACUGGAAAAAUUCACAUCACGUCAUCAAGACAAAAAAUGAGAAGCUCUCAAGUUUUCAGGGCAUCUAAGGACGACAUGAAAACUGGCUUAUUCAAAGUUCUGGAACAGCUAAAGAACCAUGAAGAUGCUUGGCCCUUUCUGGAUGAAGUGUCAGAAGACUACGCUCCCCGAUACUAUAGUGUGAUAAGAAAGCCAAUGGAUCUGAAUAGAAUGGGUGACAAGCUUGAUGAUGGAUCGUACUCAACAGUGUCACAUUUCCGAGCUGACUUCAUGCGAAUCAUUGAUAACUGUAGAAUUUACAAUGGUGAUGGAAGUGAAUACACUGAAAUGGCAAUGAACUUACUAGAAAGAUUUGAAAAAUGCAUGGACCGCUAUGUUGGUAGUGGAUUCUCCUCUGAUGAGGAAGUGUCUGUGGGAUUACCUCCUGGUGAACAGCCUAGGAAGAAACAUAGACAUCGUCAUCAUCGAAGACAUAGUCACCAAAGUCAUCACAGUAGUCAAAGUGACAGUAGUAGGGACCCAAGCCAACAAAGGAGUAAGGAAAGAAAAAAGGAACCUGAUAAACAUAAAAAGAUGUACGAUGAAGAGGAAGAUGAUCAUGACAUCAGUUCACACGCUAACCGAAAAGAUUCUGAUUGGGACCAAAGCAAAGAUCUUAAAUCUAAAGUAAAUCACAAAAAAAGUCAAAUUUUUGCCCGUAUUUCUGACCAGGAAAGGUUACGUAGAAUGAAAAAUGAUGACGACAGACUUGGUAGUCUGCAUGACAGUAAUCAGGAAAUGGACCAAGAGUGGAAGGAUGAAGAAUUCUCAGAUCAAAGGAGUAGAGACAGCAGUACUUCCAGUCAGAGGCAAAAUAAGCGCAGCAAAGACAGCCUCCAUAAGUCAGCCAUACACAAGAAGAGGAAAAGUGAUGUUGAAGCCAAAGACACUGACAAACUGUCUGAAAAAGCUGCAGAAAAGUCUUCUGAAAAGCGAGGUGUAAUACGGAGUGAACGUCAACGAGAUGGCAAAGAAAGUUCAAAGGUCAAGUCUGAGCCCUUGACUAAAGAAGAACAGCAAAGGAGAGACCGAGCUUGGUCAGAGUUAGUUGGAGUAGUUGAUGUUGAUGACCCUGAUAAAGAAGAAGACAAGAAAGAUAUAUUUGAUUGGAAUCUGGAUGAUGCUGGUUGGGAAGGUUUGAAACAAGGUCUACAGGAAUGGAAGCGAGAGAAAAACCAACAAAAGAAACCAGACAAAAUUGACAAGCGUUCCAAAAGAAUGAGUCAAGAAGAAGAAGAUGCAUGGUUUGAAGAAAAAGAAGGCAUUCACCAUGAUAUCAAAGUCCUUGAUACAGAUCCAUUCACGGCUCUGGAAAGAGAGAUGAGUCGCAAUGAGGAGUUUAUGAGAAAACAUAAGGAGCGUCAAGAGUUAGACCGUAGUGAUGAUAAGUUCGGCCCUAAGAAUCCUUUCCCCCCUCAACCCAAAAAGGGAGCUGGCGUUUUGAAGAACCCAGCUAUUCACCAAGCAUUGUCUAUUGCCACGGAAGAAACUCUAAAGGAUAUCAAUAUGUGGCUUGAUGAUGCUCCUCGCUGUUCAGAAUUCUCCUCUGCUAGCAGCUCACCCUCUCAAUUCUUGGUUGAUGAUCAGGAUAGCCAAAAAUCCAACCAAUCCAUUCUUACAAGUAAUAUAAAGGAUGACAAGGAGAAGGAUGGGAAUGUAAAACGGAAGGCACCAAGUUCAUCAAACAAAUCCAGCUCUUCCGCUAAAGAUUCAGCCAAGGAUGCAGCAAAUGCAGCAGCUUCUGCGCCCAAGCGCCGUACCACCGAGCGAUUACAACCGGGAAAGAGUAAGGGCAAUCUUAUGACCAGCAUUCAAGCUGAGACAGCAUCAUCAAAGGAGAGUAAAGCAGCAACGGAAUGGAACAAGCUGACAGCACCCAAAUUGAGUCUUGGUACCGUCCUCACCAGUGGCUUUGGAGUCGGAGUUGGACUAGUCAAGAGGCACAAUUUUAGUGACAAUUCUGCCGAAUCUACUCCAAAGGAUGGUGGCUCCUCUCCGAAUGAUCAGGAAAAUGAUGAUGACAAGGACAAAGCAUACCUAGCUGCACAGAAAAAGGCUCUUCUUGAAGCUACUUUGAGAAGGGAAAAAGAAGAAGCUGAGGAGAGAGUGAGAAAGGAGGAGGAAGAGCGUGAACGUGAAAGGAGAAGAAGGGCAGAAGAAGAGGAAGAGGAGUUAAAGAAAGCAAAAGAGCAGGAGGAUGAAGAAGAGAGUGUGUUGAAACCAAAACAAAAGCCGAAUCCUACUCCCAACUUGAGUGCAUGGUUCAAGGCAUUUGGGGCCCCCAAAUCGACUCCUGCAUCCGCAGUAAGAAGGAAACCUGAACUGUCAGCAACCCUGGACAUUAAUUCCAGAGCUGUAGCAUCUCCAGCUCAAGACAGUCUAGGAAGUGACACGCCAUACCGCCGAGACGACAUGGAGGAAGUCCCCAUGACGCCAGGCAAACGACAACGGAAGCUGAGCACCGGCAGCAGUGUGUCUGAGAAAUCUUCUUUCAGCCAAGAACAAAAUGACGGCUGCUCGCCCAGCUAUCCCGCCCCAUUCCCGUCGCCCCUGCACCGCUCGCCCGAAGGGCACAGAGCCGUGCCGUCCUACCCUGCCAAUGUGGAGAGCACCAUCAGAGUUGGCUUUUACCAGGACACGACGUACAAGAGCCCCGACAAGAGCAGCAGCAGCCCCCGGGAGGGCCCGGACACAGUGGAGGGCGCGGAGGGCCGCGGAUACCCGCACCCCCACGCCAACCGCCACCACAACCCGCACCUCACCCCACCAACCCACCAGCCCAACCAGGCCAACGUCGGCUACCAGCCGCCGCUGUACCCGCCGUACUCGCCGGCACCCUACACCCCCUCGGACGCAGCGUCCUCGCCGGCGCCGUCCGACCACCAUCACCAUCAACAUCACCACCAGCAGCACGGCCACGCCCACCCGCACCUUCAGCAGCACCCCCAUCAACAUCACUUGCAACACGCACAUCAGCACCCCCCUCAGCACGGCCACCAGCACCCCCAGCACAUGCAGCCCCACUCUCCCGCCGCUGCGGGCUCGCCGUCCACGGCGCACCUGGACGCCAAGUCGCCGUCGCACCUGCAGAUCGACCUGCACUCCCAGUCCCCGCACACGGCGGCCGUGGAGGGCCGGUCGCCCAUGCACGCCGAGUCCCCCGUGGACGCGCACGCGCGCUCGCCCCUGGACUCCCGGCUGCACAUCGACACCCGCUCGCCCGUCCACGCCGGCUCACCCAUGGAAGCCGAGUCGCCCCGGCUGCACAUCGACGCGCGCUCGCCCCUCGACGGGCACGUGCACGUCGGCUCGCCCAUGGACGGCCACGUACGUUCGCCCAUGCACGUGAGCUCGCCCAUGCACUCGCAGUCGCCGGCCGAGCACCGCAUGGCGUCCUCGUCGGACUCUCGCUCCCCGCUGCACGCUGGCUCCUCGCCGCACGAGCCGCGGCUGCAGAUAGACACGCGGUCGCCCAUGCACGCCGGCUCGCCCAUGGACUCCAGGUCACCGGUGGACUCGCGCUCGCCCAUGCACGCCGGCUCCUCGCCGCACGAGCCGCGCCUGCACAUCGACUCGCGGUCCCCCAUGCACGGAGGCUCCCACGCCGGCUCGCCCUUGCACGUCGGCUCGCCCAUGGACUCGCGGUCCCCCGUGGACCAAAGGCUGCAGAUCGACACGAGGUCGCCGUCGCGGUCCCCUGCCGUGGGGUCGCCGUCGCAGUCCUCGCACGCCAUGGGAUCGCCCGCGCACUCGGCCCACAUGGCCAUGGGGUCGCCCAAGGAGUCGGCGCACGCCCAGGCCUACCCGCAGCAGCAUCCCUACCACCACCACCAGCAUCACCUUCAGCAGGACCAGUCGCGAGUGUUCGCGCCCGCGGCCGCGGCCCAGCAGUACCAGGACCCCUAUCUGGCCAACAGGGCUGGCGUCGCCGGCAUGGGCGCUGCGCCUCAGCCAGGGCCUUACAGGCCGACGCCCCACGGGGCCACCCAUGGAGCCCCUCACGGAACACCCCAUGGGGCCCCUCACGCAGCGCACGCCGCCCCCCACGCCACUGCAGCGCCAGUCUACCCCCACCAGCUGCACCACAAGCACUUGCUGCAGCAGACGCUCAUCAAGCAACAGCAAGAGAAGGAACAGCAGCUUCUCCAGCAGCAGAAGGAACAGCAGCUCCUGCAACAACAAAAGGAGCAGCAACUCCUUCAGCAACAAAAGGAGCAGCAGCUUCUCCAGCAACAAAAGGAACAGCAGCUUCUUCAGCAGCAGAAAGAGCAGCAACUUCUCCAGCAGCAACAACAGCAGCAGCAACAGUUGAUGAUGCAGAAACUUCAGCAGGAAAAACAGCAGCAGCAGCAACAACUCAUGAUGCAGAAGUUGCAGCAGGAAAAGCAGCAGCACCAACAACAACAGCAGCAACAACAACUUUACUUGCAGCAGCAGCGUCAAAUUCAGCAGGAGCAGCAGCUACAACACCAUCUUCUCGCCCAACAACAACAGCAAUACUUGGCCCAGCAACAGCAGCAGCAACAUCAACAGCAGCAGGCACUGGCCCAGCAACAGCAGCAGCAACAAACACCCAGAAGCCGCACGCCAGUCUCGUCCUUCCCGGUCAAGAAGCGCCACUACGCGGCGGACACCGCCUCGUACGCCGCGACGUCGGCCAGCCUGCCCAGCUUCCCCGCGCCGUCCACCAUCGUGGCGCCGACCCCUGCGGCGGCGCCCGCCCCCGCGGCCACCACGACGACGGCGUCCUCCAGCCCGGCGGUGCCGGCGCCAGUCCCCGCGCUGGCCUCCUCCAUGCCGCGGAGCCCGUUCUCGCCCGGGGGCGCCGUGGGCAGUCCCUUCACGCCCGUCAACGAGGCGCCGCGCAGCGGCCGCAGCCCCUUCACGCCCGUGACGACGGGCACGUCCUCGCUGCACCAGCACCUGUCGCACAUGAUGGACUACGGCAGGCACUCGUCGUUCUACGCGUCGGCGGCCAACGCCAACCCGCUGUUCAACCGGCCUGGCUCGGCGUUCCGGUCCUCGGACAGCCCCAUGCAGCCCGCCGCCCCCGCAGCGCCCGUGUACCCCACCAAGGGCCAGAUGGCGGCGGCGGCCGCGGCGGCAGCAGCUGCGUCCUCGACGCCGCCCCCCGUUGUCACCACGCCCAAGCAGCAGGCCAAGAAGGCAGCCAAGGCGAGCGAAGCCGCGGCCGCGGCGGCCGCAGCAGCUGCGGCAGCGGCGGCCUCCGAGGCGCCCCCCUCGUCGUCGGCAGGGAGCACGGCCUUCCAGCACUACGCCCUCAAGGGCCACCCGGGGCACCCCGCGGCGCACGGCCACAGCCAGGUGGACGUGCCCAAGGUGCCCGGCGUGCUGCCGGGGAGCGCCUUCAACUUCGGGCCGUCGUCGGGGCUGGCCGUCGGGCUGCCCGACUCGUACUCGUCCUACCUCGAGGAGUCCAUGCGCUCGAACCCUGCCGCCGCUGCUUACUACGGCCAUCGCGCGGCCGCGGCCGUGGCGGCUGAUGGCGGCGAGGUGACGGUGCCCUCCGCGGCCAGCUUGUUCCUGAGCCACCAGCCGCACCAGGCCCACCAAGCCCACCAGGCUCACCAGGCGCAUCAGGCGCAGAGGGCCGCCGCCUCGGCGUACCCCCACGGCCUGGCGCAGGCACUCAUGGACCCCGCCGCCUACCAACAGUACCUGCUGCACGGAGUGCAGGGCCUGUACCCGCCCGGCUACCACCCCGCUGCGCUGGGACUGCGCCCGCCGUACGACUCGGUGCAGCGGUCGCCGUGGCUGUGAUUUCUCAUUUCGUAGGAACUAAGGACGCACAGCGUAUGCAAGUGUUGCUUCGGUGGAUGGUGGUAGUUUCCUCACUGACCAGAAAAGUGUUCGUAGUCAUUUGUCUGCUCUCUGUCGCUCUUGUUCUCUUUGUGUGCAUGUGCCCAUGUAAGGGCAGAUAGUUAGUCAUCCUGUUGUUUGUAGUAGGUGAGAAUUUUAAUGUUGUUUUUAAUUUUCUUCUUAAGGAAACAAAAGUGUAAGAAUGUACUGUAUGUUAUGUUGUACAGUUUUUAGCGAUUUGUAUAUAUGUAUACUGUUGUUUUUAAAGACUUUAUUUUUAAUUGACAACCUUUUUUUAAAACCGUUUAGAUUUUUUCUUUUUGUGUGAGGCUGCUUUCGGAGGAGGUGGGUGCAAAGAAGAGCAAGGGUGUGAGUGUACUGAAUAUUGGCAGAUUGAACCUCAGAUUCUUGUUUUCCUUUGCACCUUCAUCUGGCCGAAAAAGCUUCAUUGCUGUGUUGUAUUAAUCUGAUUAUUAAAAUGGUCUAUAUCUUUAUGUUGAUAUUGUUUCUUGUUUCUUAAUCAGCGAGAAUCUUGCAAAUUUUAAUGUGUUCCUUUAUCUUAUUCUGUUGUAAAAUGUUAACAAGUGAUAUGUAUAAAUGAAAAUCUUCAAGACCACCUAUUAGAUUCAAUGUAUAUGUGAAUUUAUAGAAUUUUAUUGAGUACCUUGUAUAAGAUGAAAUCAGAAGUUAAUAAGAAUGUUAUUCACUGCAAAUGUCCUUAAGGGAAUGAAUAAAUUUUUCACUGCCCAAC